UGGAAAGAUACGGCCCACAAACCCAGAUUACACAGGCCCAAGCCAAAUAAAUCCUCAAGCCCAGACUCGACCGUUCAGAUUUCAAAUUCAAACAAAUUAAAACUUUUCCUAAUCAUUUUUCAUUCAAUCCCUAACUCUCAAAAUCUCAUUCAAUGAUUCAAACUCCAAGAACCCAAAAAAAUCCACCAUGAAAACUGUGCUUCUCUCUCCAAAAUCUCUCCAACCCAUAUCCAUGGAAGACAACAGAUCCAACUUCCAAGAUGAAAGAGAAACCAAUUACUUCCCAGAUUGCCGCAAAGACGCCAAUUGUACCUGCAAAAUGUGUUUAGAUAGUAUCACUGCUACCUUAGAUCUUAUGUCAAUGAGUGUUCAAAGAAGCUCUCUUACUAAGCUUUCGGCUUCGAAACCGGUAGUCGAUAUAACCCCGGUUUCAAUUGACCCUACUCUUCUUUCUACUCCAAUUUCCAAAACUCCUCCAAUUGCUGAUGUUGCAUCGUCGAAGACAGUUGUUCGAUCAACAGCAAAAACGGUUGAAUUGAAGAUUGUUGAGCCGAAGAAGAGGAAAUUUGGGUUGGGAUGGAAGUUUUUGAGGUGGGUUUUGUUGAUUGGGUUGAUUCUAGGGUUGGAAUUCGGGUUUUCUUGGGGGGUUAUUCGGGUUUUACGGCCCAGAUUAUCAGGGGAGAUUUUGAGAGAUAUUGUUGAAGAAUCUUCUGGGGUUGUGAAUUUGAGUGACAGAUUGAUUUUGAUUCAGAAAAAAAUGAAUGAUUUUGUUGAUGGUACUGUAUCAAGCUGCAAUCUUGGCGAUUCUUCUUGGGAAAUUAAUCAGAAUGGCCUGAUCUCAAUGUCAUAUUGCACAUUGUACAAAUCUGCAGCAGAAGAAGUGUUGAUAUGGGGGUGGCCUCUGCAGACAGCUGGUCUUUUAACAGCCGAGUUUUCGUCACGAUCAUUCAAGGUCUUGUCUGGCAGAAUUACUGAGUGGCCUGAAGGCAAGAUCAUUUAUACUGUUCGAGAGGCGAACACGACAUGGAUUUUAAGAAAAUGGAGUGCUUCUGUUGUGCAAUUUGAACCAAAUACUUGGAUAAUUGAGUAUAGCAGAAAUUCUGUUUAAGAAAAUCCAAGUAUUUUGAUGGGUGCUGUUGAAUUCACCAAGUUCAGGGUAAUGAAACUGAUGCUAAGAAUGAAACAGAAGGUUUGGCUAUUGCUGUCUGACUUCAGAUUCUACACUACUUCAACGGUAGAAGCUUCUGGUCCUAGCAUCCCAACAUGAAUGAAUAAGUACACCUUUGCGGCUUUCGAAGCUUAUUGUAUAUCUCUCAUGUUUUUAUAGGAAGAUUAUGGAGCUAGAAAUUGUUGAAUGUUGAUAACUCUUCAACUGUAUAUAAUGGAUUUUGUCAUGACUAGUAGAGUAGCUGAAGUAAUACAAAUUUUUGCCUAUACCCCGAGGUAAGUAGAGCUGGCUACACCCCCGCUCCUUCCUAAUGACGUCAUAAUGUUUUUUUAGUUCUGAAUCA